UUGCAGCCGCAGUAGCAGCGCAGGGGCCGCCGUAGUUGUUGUGUUGGGUGACGUCAGGCGUGGGGGUGGUGGGGGGGUCACCAAAGCCUUGGCCUACAUCGGCGCUGACUUGGGGCCUGUGGAGGCUGCUUCAGCCUGACCCGUCGCCGCUCUUCGCCUCUCUCCUCCUCUCCCCCCCGAUUCCCGUCCGCCUUUGUCUCCCCCCUGCAACAGGGGCGGGAGAGAUGGCGGACCCGGCCGAGAUCCGGCGCCUGGAGCAGCUGUCCCUGGUGUCCAAGGUCUGCACGGAGCUGGACAAUCACCUGGGAAUUAACGACAAGGACUUGGCCGAAUUUGUCAUCAGUUUGUCAGAGAAGAACAACACUUUUGAAAAGUUCAAAAAAGUCCUGGAGCAAAAUGGAGCGGAAUUUUCAGACCCGCUUAUUAACAACUUGCUGCGUCUCAUCCAGACCAUGAAACCUGCUCCCAAGACAUCCAGCGAUAACUCGGCUGAGGCUUCAUCGUCGUCAACCAAGACGAAACAGGAGAAGAUGAAAGAGCUUUUCCCUGCCCUCUGUAGGGCGGAUGAUGAUGCUGCACGGCAAACCAUGCUCAAGGCUGAAGACAUCAAAGUGGCCGUGGAUGCCAUGGCGGAGUUGGAGGCUCUGAUCCCGAAACUCACGGGGCAGGAAGCCAAGCACGGUUCAGAGGCAAGCGGCAGCAAGAGAAGCGACAGCCGCGACCGGGAUUUCCGGCACGAGGAUCGCCACCGAAGGCGGCGCCAUCGCUCCCGCUCUCGCUCCCGCUCGCGUUCCCGUAUGCGGCGCCAUUCACGCUCCCGCUCGCCCUCCCACGACCGACCCCGUUCGUCACGCCACGAGCGCCGGAGGCACCGUGAGCGCACGCGGUCAAAUAGCCCCGAGCAAGAGAAGCAGUCGCAGGCGGAGCGCUGGCCCGACCGCCACGUGGACAAACCUCCGCCCGAGGAGCCUAACGUGGGCGACAUCUACAGCGGAAAGGUGUCAAGCAUCAUGCAGUUCGGCUGCUUCGUGCAGCUCGAGGGACUCCGGAAACGCUGGGAGGGGUUGGUUCACAUCUCUGAGAUCCGACGAGAGGGCCGCGUCGCCAGCGUGGCUGAUGUUGUCACCAAAGGUCAGAAGGUCAAGGUCAAGGUGCUCUCCUUCACUGGAACCAAGACAAGCUUGAGCAUGAAGGACGUGGAGCAGGAGACGGGCGAGGACCUGAACCCGACGCGGCGGCGCCUGCUGGUGGCUGACGCCGGCGAGGAGGCGGCGGCCGCAAGAAACCCCGACCGCCCAUCGCACAUGCCGCUCGUGAGCGCGCCCGAGGUGGAGGACGACCUGCUGGAGCGCAAGCGUCUCACGAAGAUCUCUGACCCCGAGAAGUGGGAGAUCAAGCAGAUGAUUGCAGCAAAUGUCCUUCCAAAAGAAGAAUACCCAGAUUUCGAUGAGGAGACUGGAGUCUUACCCAAGAUAGACGACGAUGAAGAUGAGGACGUGGAGAUUGAACUGGUGGAGGAGGAGCCUCCAUUCCUGCGAGGCCACACUAAGCACAGCACUGACCUCAGCCCCGUCAAGAUCGUCAAGAACCCGGACGGCUCGCUGUCGCAGGCCGCCAUGAUGCAGAGCGCUCUGGCCAAGGAGCGGCGCGAGAUGAAGCAGGCGGCACGCGAGGCUGAAAUGGAUUCCAUCCCAACGGGCCUCAACAUGCACUGGAUCGAUCCUCUUCCUGACGCCGAGGGUCGCCAGAUUGCAGCAAACAUGCGAGGCCUGGGCCUGAUGCCGCCCGACAUGCCGGAGUGGAAGAAGCACGCAUUUGGCGGCAACAAGGCCUCGUAUGGUAAGAAGACGGCCAUGUCCAUCAUCGAGCAGCGAGAAAGCCUGCCCAUCUACAAGCUGAAGGAGCAGUUGGUGCAGGCCGUGAACGACAACCAGAUCCUGAUCGUGAUCGGCGAGACGGGCUCGGGCAAGACAACGCAGAUCACGCAGUACCUGGCGGAGGCGGGCUACACGACGCGCGGGAAGAUCGGCUGCACGCAGCCCCGUCGUGUGGCCGCCAUGUCCGUGGCGAAGCGCGUCUCCGAGGAGUUCGGCUGCUGCCUCGGGCAAGAGGUUGGGUACACGAUCCGUUUUGAGGACUGCACCAGUCCCGAGACGAAGAUCAAGUACAUGACGGACGGCAUGUUGCUCAGGGAGUGUCUCAUCGACUCGGAGCUCAUGCAGUACUCCGUCGUGAUGUUGGACGAGGCCCACGAGCGCACCAUCCACACCGACGUGCUCUUCGGUCUCCUCAAGAAGACCAUAAAGCGGCGUCUGGACAUGAAGCUGAUUGUGACGUCGGCCACGCUGGACGCCGUCAAGUUCUCGCAGUACUUCUACGAGGCACCCAUCUUCACCAUCCCCGGGCGCACCUACCCCGUGGAGAUCCUCUACACCAAGGAGCCCGAGACGGACUACCUGGACGCGUCGCUCAUCACCGUCAUGCAGAUUCACCUCACCGAGCCGCCAGGCGACAUUCUGCUGUUCCUUACGGGUCAGGAGGAGAUUGACACUGCUUGCGAGAUCCUCUAUGAGCGCAUGAAAUCGCUGGGCCCCGAGGUGCCGGAGCUCAUCAUCCUGCCCGUCUACUCUGCGCUGCCCAGCGAGAUGCAGACACGAAUCUUCGACCCUGCACCCCCGGGCAGCCGGAAGGUGGUCAUUGCCACCAACAUCGCGGAGACAUCGCUGACCAUUGAUGGCAUCUACUACGUGGUGGACCCUGGCUUCGUCAAGCAAAAGGUUUACAACUCUAAGACGGGCAUUGACCAGCUGGUGGUCACCCCCAUCUCACAGGCCCAGGCGAAGCAGCGUGCGGGCAGAGCCGGCCGCACGGGCCCCGGCAAGACUUACCGCCUGUACACGGAACGUGCCUACCGUGACGAGAUGCUCACCACCAACGUGCCCGAGAUCCAGAGAACCAACCUUGCCAGCACCGUGCUGUCCCUCAAGGCCAUGGGCAUCAACGACCUGCUGUCCUUUGACUUCAUGGAUGCCCCUCCCAUGGAGACGCUCAUCACUGCCAUGGAACAGCUCUACCAGCUGGGGGCACUGGACGACGAGGGGCUGCUCACGCGUCUGGGUCGCCGGAUGGCAGAGUUCCCCCUGGAGCCCAUGCUGUGCAAGAUGCUCAUCAUGUCCGUACACCUCGGCUGCAGCGAGGAAAUGCUCACCAUUGUGUCCAUGCUGUCCGUACAGAACGUCUUCUACCGCCCCAAGGACAAGCAAGCGCUUGCCGACCAGAAAAAGGCCAAGUUCAACCAAGCGGAGGGAGACCACCUCACUCUGCUGGCCGUCUACAACUCGUGGAAGAACAACAAGUUCUCCAACGCAUGGUGCUACGAGAACUUUGUGCAGGCGCGCACGCUCCGUCGAGCACAGGAUGUGCGCAAACAGAUGCUGGGAAUUAUGGACAGGCACAAGCUGGACGUGGUGUCAUGUGCCAAGGCCACAGUACGCGUGCAAAAGGCCGUACUGAGUGGCUUCUUCAGGAACGCAGCAAAGAAGGACCCUCAGGAAGGCUACCGCACGCUGGUGGACCAGCAGGUGGUCUACAUCCACCCGUCCAGCGCGCUUUUCAACCGCCAACCAGAGUGGGUGGUGUACCACGAGCUGGUGCUCACCACCAAGGAGUAUAUGCGCGAGGUCACCACCAUCGACCCCAAGUGGCUUGUGGAGUUUGCGCCGGCCUUCUUCAAGGUGUCGGACCCCACGCGCCUCAGCAAGCAGAAGAAGCAGCAGCGCCUGGAGCCGCUCUACAACCGCUACGAAGAGCCAAACGCGUGGAGAAUCUCUCGCGCCUUCCGCCGUCGAUAAGCCUGCGUCUCCUCAAUUGGUCCCCCUCAUGGUUCCAAUUCCACCUUGUGUCCUAUGCACGUCCAGCCCUUUUGGUCAAUCCACCGCUGGAUGAGGGCCUCCUCCCCACACCGUGUGGGGCGUCGUUAAUCAUGCUUCACCACGCUAGUCAGUGCAGGUUGGUGAAGGCGGGUGAGUGUAGACGCGAGUGCAUAGGACUACAUUGCACCAAUGAAUCUUGUCGUACUGUAAUUUGCUGCCCAGCAUGUCGGCCCACAGCAUGUAACACCUAUUAUGCACGGUGGUUGACCAUAAAAGUACUAUCCAUGCUCGAACCUCUGCUUAGCUUCUGUGGUCUUAUGGGAUCGGCUGGCAUCCUUGUGAUUUGUUUUAUAAACAUUGUUUAUUUUUGUUUAGUGUAGACUACAAACCUGAAUGCGAACACAGCGAGAGACUUAAGUCGUGGGCUUAUUUCUGAUCUUGUUGUGAGACAAUUGUUUUUAUAUAUAUCAACCUCCAUCGAUACAGCGUAAAGUGACUGAAUUAUUCAUUGGAGUGUCGCUGAGUGCCAAGUCGAUUACAAUAUUCAGUCUUUAAUGUUACUUGUAAGUAACCACAAAGGGGACUGCUCACAUGCGUUGGAAAAUUCCAAGUUUGAAUUCUGCCUUGCUGCUUUCACACAUUUGACAUUUUGAUAACUGUCCAAGAAAGGAAUUAAUCCCACUCUGUUAUGCUCUGGCCUUAGGUCCAUUCUUGGUUGUUGCAUCUCGUGUUUAGUUAGAUACUCCAUCCCUGUCCAGUGGGGUAAAUACUUGAGUAUGUGCACGUUAACAAGAGACAAUGAUAACACGAGCUUCGAGGCAUAACCCUCCUAACUUACUUGGAUCUACGUUUGUGUGGAUAUCAGAAUGACAUGCUUUUUCACGAAGAACGUCAAUCAGCAUUGCUGUGUUUCUGUCCGGAGGCUAAGUGUACAAUAAAAACCAACCAUUCCCUUUUAAAUAA